AAAUUUUAUGAAAAUGUCAAAGUUACACGGAGAAAAAUAACCAUGAUAUCCGACCAACCAUCCACAACCGACCUACCAAGCGAGACAGCACACGAGACUCGGGGAGCUCACUCACAGCCACACACACUCGUUUUACUCUCACGCAAAUCAUUGCCUUACUCAAUGUGCUACAUACAAUUCACAACAAUUCCUUAAAUUGCGGACAAGCAAAAAGUUCUAGUUGAGUUGAUGUAGAACCGGGAACGCGUUCGGAGGUCCUCUCGCAACAAUUAGCAAAACGUUGCAUUCAUAAAUCCCCCCUUAGAACACAGUCACACACACGCGCGCACAGGAAAGUGGAAAAAAACAAAAGAAGCCCAACUAAAACUUAACUAACCAGAGUUAACUAUAAGUGCUGCUGUCGCUGCUAUUCCUGCUCCUGCUGCUGAUGAUGAUGAUGUUGAUUCUCUACUCUAACACCAACGGCACAGCACCAGUACCAGCAUACGCAUACGCAUACAGAAAAAAGGCAUAAAAACAUAAAAAAUUCACGAAACGAAGAAAACCAAAUUGUAAGUGAAAAAGGAUAUCCAGCAAGCAGCCAGUGAGGCAGCGAAGAAACAACAGAAAAAGCAAAAAGCAUCAGCAACACAAAACAAAAAUUCCAAAAUACCACAAAAAUAAUAAAUAAUUUCGAACCGAUAAAAAUCCUCGACAGCUCAACGUUGUCCUUUCGCUCUCUGUCUCUCUCUCUCUCUCUCUCGCUCGCACGCUCUGUCCAUCAUCCUUACUCAGCCUACUCCAGAAAAAAUAAAAAGGACUUUUGUUCGUGUAGACCAAAACCAAACAAAUGGUGCCUUUAAGGUUCGCCUAAUAGCAAAAGCAAGCCUCGAAACAUAUUGCAUUUGAUAAACGAACGAGACGAACGCGAGAUAAAUGAAAAUUUCCUUCGAGAAAUCUCGACUUAUUCUUAAGAAGCGCAAAACAACAAGAAUCAUAUAGUCAGUCAGUCAUUGGAACGGAUAAGUUGUUUUUAGGCGUUUAAAAAUUCAGAAAUAAAGUAAACCAUCAUACUGUGCAAAUUUUGUGCCCUUGUUGCAAUUCAUAGAAGAAGAAACAAAAGAAGUAAAAACGUGCCUAUUUUAUGGGUUAUCUACCCACACUUUAAUUUACGUUGGUGUAUUAAUUUUCAAAAAAACAAAAAAAUUAAACUCAUUCAAAACUGUGCCACUGCGUUCAUGUAGCAAAAGAAAAACAAAUCCUUUAGCAAAACGUGUAUCAGCAUAGUACAGGCAUAAAGCCUCCAGCAAUAAAUUUAAACACCAGAAUCAUCAAUACGACUUUGACCGGCCACUGACAUCACUUGGUAACAUUGGAUUGUCAAAAUGAACACGGAUCUAUUAUUUCCCAAAAUUGCUGAUUGUUCAUAUGUCUCCUGCUAUUGCGAAGAGAACGUUUGGAAGCUUUGUGAACAAGUGAAGAAAACACGUAUCGAUGAACUCUCAAAAUGCUAUGCCGUGUUUGUGUCAAAUGAGGGUCGCACUGUACCGCUGUGGCGCCAGAAAGCAGGACGUGGCGAUGACCAAGUUGUGAUAUGGGACUACCAUGUAUUCUUCAUGCACAAUCCCAGUCCGAAUCGGUGCUUGGUAUUCGAUUUAGAUACAACGCUACCCUUUCCAACAUACUUCCACAAGUAUGUGACAGAGACAUUUCGUUCCGAUUUAGCUUUAAGACAAGAACAUCACAGAUUCUUUCGCGUUAUACCUGCUGAAACAUAUCUAGCGGAAUUCUCCUCAGAUCGUAGGCAUAUGAGAAGGCCAGAUGGUAGUUGGAUAAAGCCGCCACCCUCAUAUCCGCCCAUACAGUCUUGCAGCAAUGCUCACACCCUGGGCGAUUUCAUAUGCAUGAGUCCUGGCAAGGGUCCUGGCACCGUUUACAGCCUCUCAGAGUUUGUGCAGAACUUUUAUAAAUCACCCAAUGCUGUGGCCCAGCAGAACAACAAAUAAUAUCAUCCAUCAUCAGCAUCGGCUAUGUUUAAUGGGUAAUUAAUUCCAGUUUGGGUUUAACUUAAUCGUAAUUAAUUAUAAGUUUUUUAUUAUUAUUAUUAUUGCAUUAUAUCUAUUACAAUUAAAUUUAGUAAAAAUUUUUAAUAUAUAAUUUCUAUUAAAAAAAUUUAGAACAAAACAAAAAGAAUUAAAACUUUAUAUGAAAAAAGUAACAGCAAGACAUGUUAAGUAUAUACAAACAAACUAACAAACCGACAAACAUACAUUUGAAACAAGAAUUAAAUUUAAAAAGACUACAAUCGCACUUUAUACAUCAAACAAAUCUAAUUAUACAUUGAAGACAACAAAACACCCCCGAAAUAUAUGUAAAAAAAUACAAAAUGUUUUUGAAUAACUUUUUUUCAACAUUUUUUGCUAUACAGCUUAAUUUUUUGCUGCCUCUUUCCUAUUAAACACAAAAACUGAUUUUUAAGUGCUUAACUUGGAUGAAACCUGUUUGCAUGUGUGGACCUCACGUUUGAAAAUUUUGAUUAUUUUUGUUUUUGUUAUUCAAAAAAUAUUUUUUUCUCUCAUUGAAAACAAUUCAAUUAAUAUAUAAAAUCCUUUUUUUACAAAAAUUUUAAAAAAUUUUUUGAAUUCGCAGUUUCCCCAUCGAUGGCACCUAGUAGCUUAAAUAACCUUUAUACCCAUGUGAUAUCUUAAAGUCUGCUAGGAAUCAAUCGUCUGUUUAAAAGGGUGACCAUUAAUAACGCCCAACUGAUAAAGCAUCCAAAAUUAAUUUUUGUUUUCUGUGUAAGCUUCACACAGAAGACAAUAAUUAAUUUUCCAUUUUGAAAAGCUUCACACGACGACGGUUUUAAAUGACGUUAGGUCUCAAUGUACCCUACACCACCACUAUGGUACAGGGUAUUAUAACUUUGUGCAUUUGUUUGCAACGCAAAGAAAGAGAAGAGCUAGACCCAUUGAUAAGCAUACCGAUCGGCUUAGAAUCACUUCCUGAUUCGAUUUAGCUAUGUCCGUCGGUCCGUCUGUCUGUCCAUGUAGAAGGAGAAGAGCUAAACCCAUUGGUAAGCAUACCGAUCGGCAUAGAAUCACUUCCUGAUUCGAUUUAGCUAUGCCCGUCUGUCCAUCUGUCUGUCCAUGUAUUCUUGUGAUCAAGUUACAGGUCUCAUUUGUUGUCCGAUAGUCAUGAAAUUUUGCACAAUCUCUCUCUGUUUUGGGCCAUGGACGAACGCUAUUGAUUUUGAACAAUAUCGGUUCAGAUUUAGAUAUGGCUCCCAUAUAUAUCUUUCAUCGGAUAUGCCCUUUUAAGGCUGUAGAAGCCACAAUUUUGGUCCAAUCUUUACAACAUUUGGCAAGAGGUGUUUCAUUUAUUGUUCUCAUAUGUGUGCAAAAUUUCAUAGAAAUCGGUUCAGAUUUAGAUAUAGCUCCCAUAUGUACCUUUCAUCUGAUAUGGUGUUUUAAGGCUGUAGCAUCCACACGUUUGGUCCGAUCUUAACCAAAUUUGGCAGGUGUUGCUUUAUUUAACGUCUGUAUAUGUCUGCAAAAUUUCAUAAAAAUCUGUUCAGAUUUAGAUUUUGAUCCGAUCUUUAGAAAAUCUGGCAUGAGGUGCUUUAUUAGACGUCCCCAUAUGCUUGCAAAAUUUCAUAACAAUCGGUUCAGAUUUAGAUAUAGCACCCAUAUAUAUCUUUCAUCCGAUAUGGAGUUUUAAGGCUAUAACAUCCACAAGUUUGGUCUGAUCUUUACCAAAUUUGACAUGGGGUGUUUUAUUCAACGCUGCCAUAUGUGUGUGCAAUUUCUGUUCAGAUUUAGAUAUAGCACCCAUAUAUAUCUUUCAUCCGAUAUGGAGUUUAAAGGCUGUAGCAUCCACAAGUUUAGUCCGUUCUUUACCAAAAUUGACAUGGGGUGUUUUAUUCAACGUCCCCAUAUGUGUGCAAAAUUUCGUUGAAAUCGGUUCAGAUUUAGAUAUAUCUCCCAUAUAUAACUUUCGCCCGAUAUUGAAUUUUAUGGAUAUAGCAGCCACAAUUUUGUUCCGAUCCUUACAAAGCUUUGCGCGAAGUGUUUUCUUUGAAGUCCCGAUACGAAUGCAAAAUUUUAUAUAAAUCGGUACAGAUUUAAAUAUAGCACCCAUAUAGAUCUUUUAUCCGAUAUAGAGUUUAAAGGCUGCAUGAUUUUGGUCCGAUCUUUACGAAAUUUGACAUGGGGUGCUUUAUUUAACGUCUUCAUAUGUUUAAAAAAUUUCUUAAAAAUCGGUUCAGAUUUAGAUAUAUCUCCCAUAUAUAUCUUUCAUCUGAAUUGGACUUUUAAGGCUAUAGUAGGCACAAUUUUGGCGCAAUUUCUAAAAAAUUUAGCGUGAGUUGUUUUAUUCAAAGUCCCAAUGCGAGUGCACACAUUUAUAUAAAUCGGUCUAGAUUAAGAUGUAGCUCCCAUAUAUAUCUUUUAUCCGAUAUGGUCUUUUAAGGCUGUAGGUGUUUUACGAGGUGUUUUAUUUCACAUCUUAAUACGUGUGCAAAAUUUCAUAAAAUUAGGCUUAGAUUUAGAUAUAAGUCCCCGAUAUAUCUUUCAUCCGAAAUAGACUUUAGCCAGAAGAAACCACAAUUUUCGACCAAUUUUGCAUGAGACGUUUUACUUGACGUUCCAAUACGUGCGCAAAAUUUCAUUAAAAUCGGCACUGAUUUAGAUAUAGCUUCAGUGUAUAAAUUUCAUCCGAUAUGGACUUUUAAGGCAGUAAAAACCGGGUAUUACUCUGGGUAUUACCGAUGGGCGUAUAUAUCAUUUGCUUGUUACUUACAGUCUUAAGUAGCUCAGCUGACAACCCAUAGGCUUCUGCCGAUUAUUAAGCCGAUUUACUGCCGCCGUCUCAAUACUGUCUGGUUCUGAGGAAUUUUCGUUAACGCUAUAGCCGGAUAUCAACAGUUUUGAAAAAGAUUUCUUACAAAGAUUUUCUUAGAUUAACAUCUUCAUCAUAUCAGGAGGGUGGGGCUGUACGAACUCUGCGAUUCUGAGGCGAGUGGG